GUGUUCUUGAGGGGCCGCAGAGGUCGUGGUCAGACCAGGACGACCGAGAAGGUCCUUCGGAGAGCCUGGCUUUCUCCGCUUGCGUCCGCUGGGGCCACGGAGCCUCAGGGCGCGGGCAGGUCCGAGAGGCUGUUCGGGUCGUGGGUCCCCGCGGGAGCUGGGGCGGGAAAGCGGCGGUGGCGCGUCCGCGAGGGUUUUCAUCUGCCUCGCUUCCCUAUUCAGAGGCCUCAAGGCAACCUUUGUGGAUUGUUUUUCAGAAGAAAAGAAUUUUUCUCUAUUCGAGUUUGGUUGAGUCGGUCCCCAGGGUCCUCGCAUCCCAUGGACCUGGCGAUUCCGCUGUGUUCGGGAGAUCUUUCCAGGGACCCAGUCUGUCUUCUUGAAGAAAAGACAGAGGCAGAAAGGAAGAUGGUCGAUUGCCUGACAAAUUGUUAUCAGGACUCAGUGACCUUUAAUGAUGUGGCUGUGGACUUUACCCAAGAAGAGUGGGUUUUAUUGGCUCAAACUCAGAAAAUCCUACACAGAGAUGUGAUGCUGGAGAACUACAAGAACCUGGCCACAGUAGGAUAUCAACUCAUCAAACCCAGUCUCAUCUCUUGGUUGGAACAAGAAGAAGAGUUGAGGACAGUGCAGGGAGGAGAUCUCCAAGACUUGGAAAUACUACUUAAAACCAAUGUUUCGGCACUACAGCAGGAUUUUUGGAUGGUACAAACAUCUAAUGGGAUACAAACAGACCUGUUAACCUUUGACAGUGUGGCUGUGGAGUUCACCCAGGAAGAGUGGACUUUAUUGGACACAACUCAGAGAAACCUAUACAGAGAUGUGAUGUUAGAGAACUACAAGAACCUAUCCUCAGUAGGUUACCAACUUUUUAAACCCAGUCUGAUCUCUCAGUUGGAAGAAGAGUUUAGGACAGUACAGAAAAGUGUUUUUCAAGAAUGGAAAAUGUGUCUUAAAACCAAUGGGUCUCCCCUUCGGCAAGAUAUUUUUUGUUUAAAAACAUCAAAUGGGAUACAACCGGCAAGAAACCACAAUGGAGGGGAACUGUAUGACUGUAAACAACGUGGAAAUGUUGUCAGUGAACACUUAUGCCUUAAGACACACAUGAGUACUCAAAAUGAAAAGAACAUUUCUGAAUAUAGUCAGUAUGGAGAAGACUUCCUGUCUUUGCACAAGGAAACCUCUACUGGAGGGAAACUUUCUGUGUUUGAUGGGUGUGGAAAAUCCUUCAGCCUGACUUUAAAUGUUGAUUUCCAGAGGAAGUGCACACAGGAUAAAUUUUUUGAAUGCAAUGACUGUGGGAAAACUUUUGUUAAUCAGUCACACAUUCAGGCACACAGGAAAACUCACAAUGGAGAAAAACUCUAUGAUUGUGAGCACUGUGGGAAAGUUUUUCCUGACUCCGUGACCUGUGCUGUGCAUGUUGAAACACACAUUGUAAAAAAUACUUAUGAAUGUAAGGAGUGUGGAAAAGGCUUUAGAAACACUACCUAUCUUGAUAAUCACAUGCUAACCCACACCGGAAUGAAACCAUAUAAGUGCAAGGACUGUGGGAAAGCCUUCACUGUGCACUCAGACCUAACUAAACACAUACAAACUCACACUGGAGAGAAGCCCUAUGAGUGUAAGGAAUGUGGCAAAGCCUUCCGUACAUCCUCAGGCCUUAUUGAACAUAUAAGGUGUCAUACAGGAGAGAGACCCUUUAAGUGUGACCAGUGUGAGAAAGCUUUUGUUUCUUUAUCAUCUCUUUUUGCACAUCUGAGAACUCAUGCUGGAGAGAAGUUCUUCGAGUGUUACAUGUGUGGAAAACUAUUUACCUCUUCUUCUUAUCUUCGAGUUCAUAUGCGAACUCACACAGGAGAAAGACCGUAUAGAUGCAAAGAGUGUGGGAAAGCCUUCACUAAAAGCUCAUACCUCACUAAGCAUUUACGAAUACACACUGGAGAGAAACCCUAUGAAUGUCAGAAAUGUGGGAAAGCCUUUAUUGAGCGUUCAUACCUUACUAGACAUAUACGAACACACACUGGAGAGAAGCCCUAUGAAUGUAAGGAAUGUGGGAAAGCCUUUGCUGUUUCCUCAAGCCUAACUGAUCAUGUAAGAAUUCACACUGGAGAGAAACCCUAUAAAUGUGAUGAAUGUGGAAAAGCCUAUAAUAGGUGUGGUCUACUAACUCAACAUUCAAAAACCCACACCACAGAGAAGACCUUUGAAUGUAAGGCAUGUGGAAAAUCCUUUAGAAAUUCUUCAUGCCUUAAUGAUCACUUCCGAAUUCACACUGAAAUGAAACCCUAUGAAUGUAAGGAAUGUGGAAAAACAUUCACUUGGCGCUCAAGCCUUACUAAACAUGUACGUACGCACAAUAGCGAGAAGCCUUGAUGUGGGGAAUGUGGGAAACUCUUCCAUACAUUCUCAGGAUGUAUUCAGCAUAUGAGAAGUCACACAGGAAAAAAUUGCUUUGAAUGUGACCAAUGUGGGAAAGGCUUUGCUUCCUUUUCAUGUCAUAUUGCGCAUUUGAGAACUCACACUGGAGAAACGCCCUAUGUAUGUAAGGAAUGUGGUAAAACCAUCACUGUUUCCUCAAGCUUAACUGAAUAUGUAAGAAUUGGCUCAAAGGGGUAGGGCGCCGGCCCCAUAUGCUGGAGGUGGCGGGUUCAAACCUAGCCUCAGCCAAAAACUGCAAAAAAAAAAAAAGAAUUCAUAGUGGAGAGUAACCCUAUAAAUGUAAGGAAUGUGGGAGAGUCUUAACACUUGAAACUUUCUAGCCAGGUACAAACUCAACACUGGAGAAUAAUCUUAUAAAUGUAAGGAAAACAGAAAAGCAUUCACUGGUUUUCUUAUCUUAACUGACUGUAUAAAAACACACUACAGAGAAACCCUUUUUAUGUAAGGAAUGAUGAAAAUCCUUUUGACAGUUCAUAUGCCUUAAUAAUCACAGUCUUACCCACACCGAUGAGAAACAUUACUAAUGUAACCAAUUUGUGAACAUGUUCUGUUGUCCCUGUUCACUUUAAAGAUAUGAAAGACCUCACUCUGAAGAUACUCCAUGAAGUUAAGGCAUGUAGGAGAGCCAUCAAAAUCUGCUAACAGGGUGGUGCCAGUGGCUCAGUGGGUAGGGUGCUGGCUCCAUAUACCAAGGGUGGAGGGUUCGAACCUGGUCCCAGCCAAACUAUAACAAAAAAUAGCCGGGCAUUGUGGCAGGCAUCUGUAGUCCCAGCUACUUGGGAGGCUGAGGCAAGAGAAUUGCUCAAGCCCAAAAGUAUGAGACUGCUGUGAGCUGUGAUGCCAUGGUACUCAAACCAAGGCAACAUAGUGACACUGUGUCUUAAAUAAAUAAAAUAUGCAAAAUCUGCUAACAACGCAGCACAUAAGAAUCAAUUUGUACAAUGUUCAAAUCAUGAAAGGUUUUCCCUGUACCCUUGGGUGUGAGAUCUUGCAAUGGAGAUAAACCCCAGUGAUGUAAUUCUGUGGAAAGAUUCUAGGCCUACUAAGUACUUUGAUGUUCGCCUAUAAUCUCAUAGUAGAGAAAAACUUCACGAAGGUAAGAAAUGUUGGAAAGUAAUUUUUUACAUUGAUUGCCUUGUUCUUCAACCUUCAUUACACAUGAAGUGAUUCACAUUCAAACUUUGGAUGUAUGGAAUAGGUGAACUGCCUGACAUCUGACAGAGAUGUGGCUUUCUGUGUAGUUCUAUGGAACAAUUUUGAAAAUUUGUGAUACUGCCCUGCAAAUUCCUGAUAUGAAAUGUCUUUAUUCUACAGCAGUGCUAUUGUAGUCUAGUUCCUGUACCUUCUAGGUUACAAAGUAGGCCUUCAGGAAUCAGACAGAAGUGCAGAUUCUCUUUGUGGGUUGUCAUGGUCUCACACAUGGUCUACCUACAGUGGUCCACACUGGCUGAUGUACAAGAUAUAAUACAGCUCUAAAUGUAAAAUAAAUGCUCUUCUUCAUCUUUCACCACCUGAUCAUUUCAGGUAAGAUACUAAGUUAAAAGAAGGAGCUGAAUGGAGAAAGAGUGAGGUAAUAGGUAGUAGUCUGAGAUACUGUGACCCUGCAGGGAGAGCCAUUGCUUAACCUACACCUGGGGAGGUCAGACUUACUGUAGUAUCAAGCAGUGCAGGGAUGUGGUGGGAACCAUAAAUGUUCAUUCCCUUUGACCAUAUAUCUAUGGCCACAGUUUAGCAAUCAUAUUACAUACCUGAGUAUUGCUAUGAUUGGCAAUAUGACUAGUUUCUGGGUUUUGAGUGCAUCCUUGUACAAUGAAAACAAACAGAAUCUCUGCUAAAUGUGGCUGUCCUGAUACUCUGCUCUAUUUGACACCAUUAUUGGCCCUUUGGUCAUACAGACCAGCAUGACCAGGUUUCAGUCUGAUUGGUACAAGUCUAAGUAUUUCUGAUGCUCCAGCAAUCUUGGAUUAUGUCAUGUAUGGCCACUGAGGCUGCUGCUGUUUAAUGACUCUCUAUAGUGCUUAAUCCAACCAAUGUAAUGAUUAUCAAAUGAAUUUUAAAAGUCCUAAAUAGAAGAGAUGGGUACUUUUUUUUUUGGCCAGGGCAGGGUUUGAACCUGCCACCUCUGGUAUAUGGGGCUGGUGCCCUACUCCUUGAGCCACAGGCACCGCCCAGGGCACAUUUUUGUGUUAUGUUUUUUUUUUAUGGAGAGGAGUGGGUUGUGGAGUGGUUCUCUUGUGGAGUGCUUCUGUUUAGCCCAUCUCCUGUCAGCUUUAACUGUCACCAGUUAUUUGUGACACAAAUCAUCAUCAGAUUAGUCUGAACUGCCUUGUGUGGACUGUAUCAGCUCAUUGACCUUUUUCAGUUGCCACAGGUCUCCCUGAAACUUGCUCACAGUUGCCUUUGUAGGUAAUAGGAGAGGUAAAUACUGGAUUCAUCUUAGUGCUUAGACUCAGUGAUAGUAUCAUGGAAAUCUUAUAGCCUGGACAUGUCUGGCUUCAUAAGCUGAUUUAUUUUCUUUCUUUCCUUUCUUUUCUCUCUCUUUCCUUUCUCUCUUUUUACUUUUAAAAGAUUUAGGGAGUACAAGUGCUUUUUCUUAAAUGGAUGAAGAGUAUAGAAACUUUUCUGAUUGUCAAUAUAUAAGAUGCAGUUGAUACUUAUAUGCUGAAUUUUACUAGAAGCUCUACCAGCCAUUCUUUAAAAGUCUAGCUUUUAUGUAUUAUUUUGUAUUUUUCACAUACAUAGAUAGCCAUAUCAUCUGUAAUUGACAGUUUUAUUUUAAUUUCUAAUCUUAGAUCAUUUAUGACUUUUUCUUAAUUUUCUGCCUGAACAAGACCACAUUUAUAAGUAGUAAAACAAGCAUACUUUUGUUAAUCCUAAUAGCAUAUACUUUCUGUCUUUACCCAUUACUGUAUUGGCUACAGAUAUUAUUACUAGAUCAAAGCUUUUGUCUACUUUUUAUUGUUUGGGGGAGGCUUUCUCAUGCAUGGCUCAAUAACGUGCCUCAGAAGAAAAAGAAUUUAUUAAAUGCUUUCCCCCAAUUCUUUUUAUUUAUUUAUUUAUUUAUUUAAAAUUGAGACAGAGUUUCACUUUGUCACUCUUGGUAGAGUGCUGUGGUGUCGUAACUCACAGCAACUUCAAACUCUUGGGUUCAAGCUAUUCUCUUUCUUACCUCGGCCUCCUGAGUAUCUGGGACUACAGGGGUCUGCCACAACACCUGGCUAUUGUUUUGU